AUCUUUGGUCUGAGGCUAAGUUAGCCAGUGUUAGCUAGCGAAAUUAGUUUUUUUUAGUUACUUGGCUAAAAAAGAAACACUGCCCAUCUUGGUGAGGGGUACGCUCAAAACUCAUCAAGUGCGCUAGUUCUCGUUUUUUACAGUAGGUCUAUCGAUUUUGUCUUGAAUAGCUUCAACGUACCUCGUACCAAAACUCGUAAUGUGAUACACGAAGUUAGGUUUUCAUUGGUCCGUCGAUUUUUACAGAAAAAAAACUGAAAACUGAAAAUGUCAUAACAAAAUCCAUAUUAAAAUAACAAGGACAUACAUGUAAACACGAAGCAAUAUUAAAUAUAUUUAAUGAAACGCAUUUGUGAACAACUCGGGACAAUAUCCUGUUUCAAAAUAAAAUAAACACAUUUGCAGGAAGUGGCAGAGGAAAGCAUAAUUAAAUUGUAUUAAGUUAUUAGAUUUUCAGUUGGAGUCUUAUAUUAAAUAGACAUUGAAUAUUUUUAGAUACUGAAGGCGUAAAGACGAUUGUAGAAUUCAACAACGAAAGAUUUGCACGUUUGACCAAGGUGAAACCAACUUCCGUACUGAUCGCCAAUCAGAGCGCGUAGGCAGUGACACGGCGGACUCAGGGCUACGCACCGAUAGGUGGCGCACUAAAAACCAAGAGGAGAGGAAAAAGACGCUCGUUCAUUCAUUGUCAUGGAAACCAGGGACUCCCUCCGUCACCCCUGGCUGACAAACACGGGCUUACAUGGGCUUAUGUAACUAUACAUUGUUCUGUUCAAAUAAACAGGUGUGAGUUAGUUCACAAUGUCAAAGUCUUCUUUAAUCUUUUUUUUUAAAUUAAAUAUAAAAUAUCGCAGCCUGAAUUUAUUGCACAAAAGUCAGUGCUGUAGUUUUUCAACUGGUUUAUGUCAGCGUUUCACUUUUUUGGUGUCAGUUAUUUUGUAUUGUCAUGUUGUGAGAGGUGGACACUUAGACCUUAGCAGCUUAUCCCUUCAUGACCUCUCAUCAGUGCCUGGAAAUCCCAGCCAGUGUGCGACAAAACAGGAGCAGGAGCAGUUUGAACUCUACAUCUCUGUGAUUUAACCAGUGUUCAUCAUGGAUGGAUUGAGGUCCACAUCCCCUGCCCUCCGUUUGGACCUGAAUAACUUUGACUCGGCCGAAGCGGAGAGCAGUCGGCACGUUCUAACGAGCCCCCGCUCACUGGCGUCCUGCGCGCGACUCGGCGUCAAACCAGUUGAGCUUCUAAUUAGGUCGUUAAACGAGUUGGUCGCCGAACAACGUGAUUUGCCGUUUGAGGCGGUCAGAUUGAUGCACGAGUCCUACGAAAAGGAGAGAACGAAGCUGUUACAAAUGUGUCAACAGGAGCGAGAGAGGAUUAUCCAGGCGGACGGAGGCAGGUGGCCGGGCAGAGAUAAAGCCUCGGGCCUGGAUCAUCACCCAGUGGACAGGCACAAUGCAGGGCCCUUCCCAUAUGCAGAUCUGUGCAUAAAAGGGAAGUCUCUAUGCGGGUCCUCCUGUUCUGCUGCCGGCACCAGAGACCCAGACUCCUGCAGCCUCACUCUGGGAGACCUCAGGCCGUCCCCCGCUUCCGGGAUGAAACUCCAGAGGCCCACGAAGACCCUCAACAGGAGGAUGUGUGUCACGGUAUCCGAGAGAGACCGCAAGAUAGCAGAUCUCAUGCUGGUGAAGCAUCAGCAGGAGCAGGCUCGCCUGGAGCUCUGUCAGCGGGAGGAGCGGGAGCGGCAGGAGGCCCACAGGCAGGAGGAGGCCCUGCAGGCUGAGGUGGAGAAGAGGAGGAGGAGGAAGCUGAAGCACAGCGUCCAGCGGUGGCACGAGGAGCUGGAGGCACGGCGGGCGCUGAGGGAGCGCCGGGAGAGAGAGGAGGCGGCGCGACUCAAGCAGGAGGCGCUGCUGCAGGAGGGCCGCUGGAGGCGUCUGAAAGAGGAGGUGGAGGCGCAACGCAGGGUGAAGAUGGAGGCGGCGCGGGAGGAGGCGGCGAGGCGCAAGUGGUACCAGGAGAAGCUGCUGAGAGAGAAGGAGGAGGUGGAGAAAGGAGAGCAGGAGAGAGAGCGACAGGUGGCGAUGGCGAAGGAGCAGAAGGCCAGGAGGAGCAAGGAGUCGCAGGAGGCGAGGCAGAGGAGGAGGCUGCAGGAGGAGAACCUGAGGGAGCUGCUACGACACACGCUGCUGAGGCAGCAGGUGGCGCAGCGGGAGGAGGAGGCGGAGGCGCGCCUGAGGAGCGCCCUUGAGGCGAAGCUGAGGCGCUCCUCGGAAAAACGCGCCCGAGUGGAGGAGGCCCGGCGGAGGGAGCUGCAGCAGCGGGCGGCCCGGGAGGAGGCGCACGCGGAGCGGGCGCAGCUCGAGGUCAAGCGGCAGAGCGCGCGGGAGCGCGCGCGCAAACAGAACCUGGCCCAACUGAGCCGGCGCCGCUCGGAGAGAGCCGCCGAGCGGGUCUGGACGCGGCGCCGCGGCGCAGCGAGUCGGGCGCGGCGGCGCAACGGACUGCGACGGCUCCGGCACCAGAGGCUCCGGGACGAGAUGCAGAGAGCGGAGGAGGAGGAGAGGGAGAGGAGGGAGAGUUACGUGUCGGGGAAGGAGUGGAGGAGGGAGCGGCUGCGACGGCAGAGGGAGCAGAUACAGGAGGAGGCGCGGAGGCUGACGCGCGCCUCCUUUCACAUGAGGGAGAGCGUGAGGCGGCAGACGAACAGUCGGACCUUUGAUAAGAUGGUUCUGGAGGCUCAGCUGACGGCCUCCAUGAGUCACAUGAAGCUGUGACGUCAACAAACCCCUGCCUCCGCUCUGGGCUGAACACGGGCGCCGCUUCAAGCCGCGAGCCGUCAUUGUGGCCAGAAAAUAAAGGGGUUGGAUGUGGGUCGGUAAUAACUGGAUGCGUUCUGGGUUUGACGGCGCACAGGCGAGAGGGGAAGAGCAGUGGAAGCGACGCUGCACUUUAACGUUGCACAUCACGCAGAACAACAAGGAGCCCGUAUUGAAACAGAAAUAAAACCCGUUGAGCGAAGUAACGACGGCGCUACGUUAAGCAGCGGACGGAGCCUCAACAUGAGCAG